AACAAAUAAUUUGAGGAUGAGCAUAACUCCUUCGCCGUCAUCGUUCAAUUUGCAAAACCUUGCAUCAGAAUCUACUAAAACAAAGCUAGAACCUAAAUCACCUUAUUAUUUAAUAAUCAAAUUGUUAUUGAUUUGUGGCUUUUGGUACUGCUCUUCUGCUUUCAGUAACAUCGCUCUUAAAAAAUGCCUGACAGUCUUUCCAUUUCCGCUCACCCUUACUGUUGUACAAUUUCUGGGCUGUGCUCUUCUAACGUUCCCUCUAUUGAAAUAUAUGAAUGUUCGUGGAGCUUUUAUUCUAUCUAAAGGUUUAUUUAUAACGGGAAUUUUACCCCUCUCAUUUGGAAAAGUGUCUGCUGUAUUUUUCGCGACAGUUAGCAUAGGAAACGUUCCAGUAUCUUACUCUAAUACAAUAAAGGCCUCAUUACCGAUAUUCUCUGUACUGUUUUCAAGAGUAAUGUUAGGACAAAGACAUUCGGUCGCAAUAUAUUUCUCCCUGUUGAUGAUAAUAAGUGGAGUGGUGAUAUCCUCCUUUACAGAGGUGUUGUUUGAUUUGUCAGGACUGGUCUGUGCGCUGCUCUCCACCAUGUCCACUGCCCUACUUAGUGUUUACGCUAAAAAAGCGAUGGUAGAUAACAACCUCCAUCACUUGAAGAUGUUAUACUUCGUUUCUCUGUCCAGUCUGUUCCUGUGUCUACCGCUCUGGCUGUUUCACGAUGCUUCCAGACUUCUUAAUUUUGAUUAUAGUGCACUAAAGGACCCAGUAUCGGAGAUAUUCCCCUACAUGCUCGCAGUUUCCAUAUUUAAUUGGUCACAAAACGUGGCCGCUUUCAGCUUCCUCAGCCUUGUAAAUCCUGUCAGUUACUCGGUUGCUAAUUGUAUGAAGAGGGUAUUCACUAUAGCCAUGUCUCUGGCAAUACUGAGGAAUCCAGUAACGUCAACAAACAUGCUUGGAAUGGGGGCCUCCAUCGGAGGAGUCGCUCUUUAUAACAAGAUAAAAUACGAUGAAAACAAGAUGGAGAAACUCAAGCUACCAAUAUCAGUUAAGCAGACCUACCCUCAUUCUCCGUCAAAUGGUCAGAUACACCCUUCUAAUGGUAUCCACCCCAAACUCAAAGUGCCAGUUUUUGAAACUAAAACUCAUACCAGUUCGUUUAUUAACAAUAAUAACUUAAAUACUUUGAAUCGUCGGGAUUCUGAUUUUAAUGGUAGUUUUAUAGCUUGAAUAUUGUGCUGGUUUAAAUAUUAGCGUGGGGGUGGCGAUGCACGGAUGCAUGGGCAUUGGGCAUGACUUUUGGGCUGUGCAAAGUGCGAGCAUGAACGUAUUUUCCUGGUUUAUUUGUUAUUCGCUUCUUUGUUGUGUUCAGUAGGGAGCAUCACGGCUCUCGACAGACAAAGUGCUGCUCCCUACUGUACUGAACACUAUUCGUUCACAUAUUACGCAAUCAGCCGAGGGGGAGGGGGGUUUCGCUAGUGUAAUUUGGACACAAUAGCUAUGUGUAAAACUGAUCAACGAUUACGGAGGGCCAGGGGGAGGUAAAAUUUUUUCAAAAAGCGAUUUCGUAAUACGUGAACGACCUCAUGCUCUCAUGCUCAAGUAAACACCACUACUUCGAAUUUAAUUUAUUAGUUACAUCAUAUUAUUGAGAGUUGUAACUUAUAUUAACACGGUUUUUUGGGGAAUUGUAAAUUAUAUUAGUAUAUUUGAGUAUGACAUUGUCGGUUUUUAUCAUAUUUCAACUGUCAGGGACAAUGUUCCAUGUUCAUGCUUGGGCUUGUUUAGGAUAUUUCAGACAUAAAAUAAUUUCUGCUCAUGUGAAGCUGAUUGCACAAUUCAGUAAUCGAGUUUUAAUCACAAUGUCACCUCAUUAUUUAAUUUACAGUUCACACUGGCGAAACAAAUUACUCAAAAUUUGCCGAAAUUAAGUUUUUGUCUGUCCCUGAAUACUAAUUUCCGUUGUUAGGUUUUAACAUAUUUUAGAGUUUUUAACUUAUUGUAACAUGAAUGUAUAAUGGUUUACAGAUGUGGAGAUGGAAUUUUUGUAAUUUCACAAAUAAUUUAAUAUUGUGAAUUGUGAUCCGUAGGGGACGGCUGAAUACUUUGUAUAUUAUGUUCUGUUUCCAUAAAAUAAUUUAUCAGCUACUGUUAUUAAGUAGGCAGGAAGGAAGGAAAUACUGCUUGUUUCGAAAAACAACAGUCCAAAAGUUCAUUCCUCCUUUCAAUUCAUAGAAAAGGUAGCAAUUUUUCAUAUUUGACUAUCAAAUCUUUUAAAAAUCUAUUUGAACUAGAAUAGAUUUUAAAGAUUUUGAAUUUCAUUUAAGCCAUUAGACUAGCUGGCGAGUAGUGAACUGAGACAAGGGUUAUCGUCCUGUUUUAAUCGCUCAUGUUUAUUUUAACUUAAGAUUGGGUUGUUUAAUUUAAUUAACAGCAGAAAGAGGUGGCUCUUCGCGUUCAUGCUAAGUCGUUCUUUUUAGGAAAGUAGAUGUUUCAUUCAUUUUAUCAAUUUUAAUGUUUAGUUCAAAGGAUGCUAACAUUUCUGGUAAAACCACACUUAAUUAAUUGAGCGAUUAACAUUAAAAACAUCCGCUCCUGUUAAUUAUGUAAGUCAGCACAUGAUUAAGUUUUCUGUGUGCGCUUGGUUAACUGUAGAAAUUUGUGUAGAUUGAUAUUUGAAUUUCACUGAUGUAAAUUGCAGGGUGUAUAAUGUUAUGUAUUGAUUUUAUCAAUAUAAAAAAUAAGAGAUGAAUUCUAAUUCGAUUGGAUUUUUAUUAAAGAAUCCAAAAGCGAUUGU